CGAUUUUCAUUCAGAGCGAAUAUCUGGCUGAUCACGACUUUCGUGUGAAGUUUCUUACUGGCUUCACUGGUUCGAGUGCCUAUGUAGCUGUGACCAACGAUAAAGCGGUCUUGUGGACGGAUGGACGAUAUUUUAUCCAGGCCGUGGAGCAGCUGGUCCCACCUUUCACUCUUAUGAAACAAGGCCAAUCCGAUUCUGUUACUGUUGAAGACUUUAUUUUGGCUAAUCUGAAUGAUGGCGAUUGGAUAGGAAUCGACCCUUCACUUUAUGCUUACGAGAGUGGUGAAAAACUUGUAAGAAAACUAAGAAGUAUGGGAAUCUCAGUAGCAUCGAUCAGAGGGAACCUGGUGGACGAGUUCUGGAAUGAUCGACCACCACUUCAAUCCAAAGGCCCUAUUAUAUUGACACCAGAGGAGCACGGGUGUCCUGUGAAGGACAAACUGACGGAUUUACGCAAACGAAUUGCUCAAAAGAAAUGCGAUUCUAUAAUUCUUUCAGCGCUUGACGAUAUUAUGUGGUUACUCAAUAUUAGAGGAUUUGAUAUCAAGUACAAUCCAUUGGCUUAUUCAUAUGUUUUGGUAACUCCUUCUGAAGUACACCUAUUUAUGGACAAAGCUGAUGACGCGGUGAGAAAUUUCUACCUGAUAACUCUAAACUUGGCUCCCUUUCAAGAAGUCCCGCUUGCUUAA